AUGGAUGACUGGGACAACAGUGAUGAAUUUAUUCAGAGACUGGACUUCUCCAGCUGUGGAGAAGAAAGUGAAGAUAGAAGCAUCCAAGAGGAGGACACCCCAAGCUCAAGCCCUCUGAAGAGCUGCGAGUUCCAGAAGUGGCGAGAGAGCAGUCAUCUCCCUGUAACCCCUCAGAGGAAGCUCAGUGAGAUUUUUCUCAGCAGGACUAAAGCUUGGGUGAGUCCUGCCCUGAAGUCUUCUCCAUCUGUGACCAAGAGCCACAGUAAUGCUGAGACACCGCUGCACAUCACCUGGAAAAAGCUGCAGCUCUGUGACACCCCACACACUCCCAAGAGUCUUCUAUCGAAGACAGCUUUUCCUUCAUCUGGGACAAAGGUCCCACCCAAAGGGUUUCGUCAUCUGAGAUUUACUCCUGGUGCUGACACAGAUGACUCUACCCAAGCUUCUCUUGUCAACAUUAACCCCUUUACACCAGAGUCAUAUCGACAAAUGCUCUUUCUUCCUAAUGGCAAACGGAAGGCCAGAGGAGAGCUGAGGGAUCCUGAUCCAAGAAGCCAGUUAAAACAGGAGUUACCUACCAAGAGAUAUCCUCUGAAAGAAAGCAAUAUGGUUUCCCGCUACAAGAAGGAGUUCCUGGAAUUAGAAAAAAUUGGUGUAGGGGAAUUUGGCUCUGUCUACAAGUGCAUCAAACGCCUUGAUGGAUGUGUUUAUGCCAUCAAACGCUCCAAGAGGCCUCUGGCAGGAUCCUCGGAUGAGCAGCUGGCCCUGCGUGAGGUUUAUGCUCACGCCGUCCUUGGCCACCACCCCCAUGUUGUGCGCUACUACUCAGCGUGGGCAGAGGAUGAUCACAUGAUUAUCCAAAAUGAACACUGUAAUGGUGGGAGUCUCCAAGAUGUGCUGCUGGAAAAUGCAAAGCUUGGACAGUAUUUCCCAGAAACAGAGCUGAAAGAAAUCUCCUUACAAGUCUCCAUGGGAUUAAAAUAUAUCCACAACUCUGGCCUUGUGCACCUGGAUAUCAAACCUAGUAAUAUCUUCAUCUGUCACAAGCUGGUGGUUGAGGGUCCUGCAGGGCAGGAAGAGAGUGACAGUGAAGAUGAAUUCUCUUCUGGUGUGGUGUAUAAGAUUGGUGACCUUGGCCAUGUGACAUCAAUAACAAAUCCCCAAGUCGAGGAAGGAGACAGCCGGUUUUUGGCCAAUGAGAUUUUACAAGAGCAAUACUGCUAUUUGCCAAAGGCAGACAUCUUUGCCCUGGCCCUCACAAUAGCCUUAGCAGCAGGCACAGGACCACUGCCUCACAACGGUGCCAUGUGGCACCACAUCCGCAAGGGUAAUAUCCCACCAAUCCCUCAGAAGCUCUCCCACAGCUUUCUUGAACUCCUGAAGCUCAUGAUCCAUCCUGACCCAGUGGCAAGACCUUCUGCCACAGCUCUUACUAAACACCCAGUGCUCCGUCCCUCACUUGGAAAAGCUGUGCAGCUCCAGAAGCAGCUAAAUGUGGAGAAGUGUAAAACUGCCAUGCUGGAAAGGGGCGACAGCAGCAUGUUGCGGCGACCGGCAUGGCAGAUGCUUCGUCAGUUUGUAAGACAUGAGUCUGAUACAGUUGGCUCGUUGGUACUUGAAAGAUCCAUGAAUCGUGUUCAGUUACUUGGUCGGGUUGGACAGGACCCUGUCAUGAGGCAAGUGGAUGGAAAAAAUCCUGUUACCAUUUUUUCUCUUGCAACCAAUGAGAUGUGGCGAACAGGGGAAAGUGAGGUAACCCAGGGAGGUGAUAUCAGUCAGAAGACCACAUGGCACAGGAUCUCUGUCUUUAGACCGGGCCUCAGGGAUGUUACGUAUCAGUAUGUGAAGAAGGGUGCUCGGCUCUACGUUGAAGGGAAGAUAGACUAUGGUGAAUAUACAGAUAGAAACAAUGUGAGGCGGCAGGCCACAACAAUUAUAGCAGAUAACGUAAUUUUUCUGACUGAUAGUAUCAAAGAAAAGGCAUGAGGUUGCUAGCGCUUGGACCCAGCCCAUUUCAUUCCUUUCAUUUUACAGUGUUUAUUAAUUCUGUAAUCAUGUAUAUUGCUGUAGUUUCUUUAAAAAAAUAAAUAAAAUAUUUGAUACCCAUAGGGAA